AUGAUGAUGAAGCUCUUCUCCUUUGCCCUCAGCUUGCUCCUUCUUGUGGUGUCUCCCACCUCAGCUUUCCUCCGCCGACGUGUCUCGGUGGAGGAUGGGGGCGCACCGUAUUACCAAUGUUGCUCCAACGUCAACAACAAUUGCUUCUCUGGUGAAACGAAGGUCACCACAAGUGAUGGGGAACAGAUUGCCAUGAAAGACUUGCACGUGGGAGACAAGAUCUUGGUCGAUGGCGACAACUACCAACCGGUCUAUGCCUUUGCCCAUCGCGACAUCGACAAGGAGGUGGAGUUUCUUCAGAUUCAUGCUGGUACCAGUACAGACACCAUCUUGGAAGUCACCAAGGAUCACUACAUCUUUCGCAGAGGCGAGCCCGUUGCAGCCGGAGAUCUCCAGGUGGGAGAUGUCCUGGCUCCCGACAUGACCAUCACCAAGAUUGACACUGUGACCCGUCAAGGCAUCUACGCUCCAUUGACCCAAGAUGGAGUCUUUACGGUCGGUGGCUCCUUCCAGGUGUCCUCCUAUGUCCAGUUGCCCAUCCUAACAUCCCCGUGGCUGGUCCAUGUCGUCCUGUCUCCAUUCCGUGUGGCUUGUUUGGGAGGCAUCAUCACCAGUCCAGAUGACGACAGUGACAGUGACAUGCCACUGUACGUUCACUUUGGUCUCAUCUUGGAAGCAGCCCUACCCAAGGUCAUGCAGUGGUUGCUGUUGGGCCUGGUGUUGGUGGUGACGGGAACCAUCUAUGGUAUGGAAUGCUUGGUCGGUCCAGCGCUGGUUCUUCCAUUCACGUUGGUGGUGGCAGUGGUAGUGUUCCUCAUCAAACGCAGCCAGAAAGCAGCCAAAGGCGUCUAG